AUGUUCUUCGACGUUCUCAUCAUCGGAGGUGGACUUGCUGGUCUGAGCACCGCAUUGAGUCUGGUGCGCUCCCUUCACACAGCCGUCGUAUUCGACUCCCGCACGUACCGCAACCAAAAAGCCAAUUGGCUGCACACGCUUCCCGGCUGGGAUGGCCGAGAUCCGGAAGAAUACCGCGCUGCUGCUCGGCAGAACAUUCUGUCUAAAUACAACACGGUCCAAUUUGCUACCGGAGUUGUGAUUGACAAUGUUGAUCGCGACCCCGAAGCCGAAUUUCCCUUCACGGCCACCGACUCGAAGGGCCGGAUAUGGCGAGGACGCAAGCUCGUGUUAGCCAUGGGCAUUCAGGAUGUGCCGCUUGACGUUCCGGGCUACGAUGACUGCUGGGCCAAGGGAAUGUAA